GUGUAGCAAUUUGGAAGUUGGAAGGCAUAAUUUCCAAGAUAUCAUAAACAUAAUUUCCAAUAGGAAGUGGAGUUGGGGGGUCAAAAAGGAAAACGCAAAGAAGAAAGUGGAGUUGGGGGAGUCCAUUUUCAUCUCGCAAUCUCUCACUUUGGUAAUUUCCGGCUCCUCUAUCUUUCAAUUUCAAUUUCAGAUUCGCAAAUUCCUUUUCUACAGUCAAUUUUUUUGCUAAAAUCUGGGGGAAGCAAACUGCAUAUUGUGUGCAUUAGCACAGUUGAAGAAUUAUAAUCAUCAGCAUGGAGUCUGAGACGACAGUACAUGAUGGUGGGUGCCACUGCAAGAAUGUAAGAUGGCGAGUGCAAGCGCCUACUAAGGUUGUGGCUUGGAGUUGCAACUGUUCAAAUUGCUCUAUGAGGGGUAACACGCAUUUCAUUGUCCCUUCUGAAAGAUUUGAACUCUUGGGUAAUUCUGAACAGUUUCUCACAACUUAUAGCUUUGGUUCUCACACGGCAAAGCAUACUUUCUGUAAGGUCUGUGGGAUAACUUCAUUUUAUUAUCCACGCUCAAACCCUGAUGGGGUUGCCAUCACAUAUAGGUGUGUUGAUCCUGGAACACUAACCUAUGUUGAGGUCAAGUAUUUUGAUGGCCAAAAUUGGGAAAACUCCUACAACCAGUCGAACAUUGCUUCGCAGUCAAAGGUAGACUCUGGAAACUAAAGGGCUGAAGAAUGAUGCACGUUGAAAUCUUUUCAUUUCAACAAAAAAUAUUGUCAGCUAACAGGAAUAAAACUUGUAUAUAUUGCUUGGAGUUUAAAGGUUGAAGUACAUCGUCUUGUCGUUUGUAACUGAUUAGAGAUCGGGAAAGGGGGGCCUUUGAGAAAUUAAUAAUCUUCAUCCCGAAUGUAUGAUGAUUCCUAUGCAACAGUAGUGCUUUUCCUGUUGUUUCCUUCUUCUGUUCCUUCUGUUUUUAUUACUUUCCCUUUGGCCUUGUAGCGGUGACAAUGCAGAAGCUUUGGAUACUGUUAGUAUUAUUUUUUGGUAAUUAGUCGUCAAAUGCUCUCGACCACUAGAGUUGGUUCUUUUCA